GGCGGCGGCGCGUGAGGCAUGUCUUCUCCCGCCUCUGCGUGCGCUGUUUGGCCAAAGCAGUGGAGAGGAGAAGAGAUGAACCGGCCGCCAUCUUCCGCGCGCUUCUCCCUCUAACGAUGAUUCAAAAUUAUCCCGAAAUCGGUGAUCUUCAGCGCAUCAAUCCUGUCCAGAAGGGCGCGUGGUGAAGGAUCUCAUACCCGAGGCGCAGAAAAAUCGUUCGGCGUUGUAUGGAAAAGUGCAUUUUUUUUGUUUGCGUUUCAGGCGCAGCGCGGACGCCGAGCUUGCAGCUUCGCCCAUUUCGUGAUCACGGAACCAGACCGAAAGGGCGCGUGAAUGAAAGCGGGGCUUUCCUGAGGAGGAGCGGAUUUGCACGCGGUGAAUGCACCGGGAAUGCGCCACGAGCCUGAUUCCUUCGGUGUAGCGUUUAUUUAUUUCUCUAAAGCGCACGAUUUAAAGUGAAACGAGUGCGGAAUCGCUGCCGAAAUUCCCUCGCGCCCGUCACGUGGCUCUGUAGGUGGGCUGGCGUUGACGAGUGCAGAAGCAGGCUGCUGUGCCCUUACCGCGGCCCUGCAUGGCUGCGAUGGCGCCCGCUCUGACCGACGCCCCGGCCGAAGCCCGCCAUAUCCGCCUCAAACUGGCUGCAGAGAGCAACGGCAACUCCACCAACCUUCUCCUGUCUUCAUCGAUCUCCCCGUCUGAGCCAGCGGGCACUAACGGCAAACGUCACCACGAGGACAACUGUCGUCGCUGCUGCAACGGCAAGGAGUCACUGGCUGAGCCACUGAAUCUGGGCAAGUUGCAGCCGCUGGUGGCCUCCUAUUUGUGUUCGCAUGUUGGUCCUGUAGCUGAAGAGGGCGUCCUGAUCAAGCCAUCGUUGCUGAAGAGCCGAGGCCUGCUGAACGGAGAUCUCCUUCUACGUACUGCACUGAGCGGCGGCCAGCCAAAGAGCCUCGUCAACGGAGGAGGAGCAGGAAGUGGAGCAAGAGGAGGGAGCGCGAUGGUCCCAGUCAACGGACUGGCCAAGAAAGCUGCCGUGCCCAGCACCGCCCUGCCUGAGAAAGGCAGUGUGGCCCCGUUGAACGGAGACAAUGCUAAGCCUCCCACCGGUGCUGGAGCUUUGUUACCUCAAUCGUCCAAAUCUGGAGACGUGAUACCAAUGGUAUCUGUACCGAGAGCAGAUUCCAAGCACCUGAGAGAGCUGGGUGACUUACAUAGCAGAGUCCCGGAAGAUACAGGUGUCAAUGGCUCACCAGAGAAUCCGCAGUUCAAAUCUGAAGCACCCCCUAGUGACCGGUCACAUGCCGGCAGGGCUGGAGCACUUCCUGGGACAAACAGUAACAACUGUGUCCCACCUGAUGCCCCUCAGAGCUCAACCUUGUGCCAACAUAGCUCUUCUCCAUCUUCCCCUUCCCCUUCUUCUGGUAUAGAGGCGCUAAUCCUUCGCGAGCGAGCGCAGCAGAGCCAGCGCAGGCAGGCUGACAUCUCAGCACGGCUGCAGCGCCUGUGCAAGAGGCUUCAUGUGGUUCAGGCCAAGCAGGUUGAGCGUCAUGUCAAACAGCAGCUCACAGGCUUUUUGCACCACACCGUGUCCCAGUCCUCCGCCUCCAGACGGGACUCCAUGGCCCAGCUCCUGAAGGACAGUUCUUUCCCCUCAGAGCUGGAGAAACUGCACCUAAGUGGCACCACCAGCUUGCGGGUGGCGGAGGCGCAGUUUGACUCUGAUGCCACUGAGAGCAGCUCAGGUGGCGAAAGCGACAUGGAGGAAGAGGAAGUUGCCAGAGUGGAUACUGAGCAGCGGCAUGUCAAACUGUGGAGAAGAGCGGAAGGCCGCUUCGCCCUGGAAAGAGCCUCCAUCAUAAGCCGUUGGACGUGGCUGCAGGCGCACAUCUCGGACCUGGAGUACCGCAUUCGCCAGCACACGGAUAUCUACCGGCAGAUCCGCACCAGCAAGGGAUCAGUGGAGCUGGGAGAAUCCUCCGCAUCAUAUCAAACCAAGACAGAAAAGGUGAAGCCCCAGAAUGCCACAGGGGAUCUCAGCCAAAACAACAGAUUUCAGAAUGACAGAUCCAUGAACGAAUUCUUCCACAGCAUGGCUGAAGUAUCAGAUGUUAAGCUUUCUCCGACACCGGAGAGUGGCUGUUCAGCUGCGCGUGUCCGACCCCUGAUCAGCUGUAAAAGACGACGCCUCAUCCAACCCGGCAUGCUUCAGAAUCUCAACAGCAAGGUACAGAGAGUGUGUUCCCCAGCAAGACCGUGUGAUGUGAACAGUGCGUGUAUGAUGUGUGGGGGCAGUCAGCUCCUCCCUAAAGCAGAGCUUCAGUUUGAGCGCCCCCUGCCGGAGAAUGUGGCCCUGCAGGACCCCAGCGUUCAUCCUACACUGUCCCUGCAGUCAGACAUGCCUCUCAGCAUACACCUCCAAAGAGUGCUGAAGUCUCACUCGCAGACCCGGCACAUGGAGAAAAUCAAGCCUCUGAAGAAGCUGUCGCUCAAACACAAGCUCUCGCACUACUCGUCUUCAUCUGCACUAUCCAAGCACAAGUUUAGGCUUUCCAACUCACCCAUGACUGCCAUCAGGUUCUCCAGCCAUAAGAGUCGAUCAGAGAGGGCACGAAAACAGGGUGAGGCCGGGAUUCGCUUGACUAAGGUUGACACGCACACCCCCUGCAGGACGGGGCGGCUUCUGGACAGGAGCCCCAACCGGAAGAGGGCCAGGGAGAACUCGCUGGACCGAACAGAGUCCCCAAAGCUGCAGUUUGAUGCAGGAAGCCCUUAUCCGCCAUCUCAGCCAAGCAUCCAGCCAUCCACCCCCAGCACCAUGAGCAGACAGAUGUGUCUGCCCAGUGACAGCUCCACACCUCUGGGCCCCAGCAGUCAGACUGGCUCCUGCUCAAUGCCAAUUAGAAAGCGGAGAAGUGAAAACUCGUUUGACAUCAACAACAUAGUCAUCCCCAUGUCUGUGGCAGCUACUACCAGAGUGGAGAAGCUUCAGUACAAAGAGAUCAUCACACCAAGCUGGAGGGAAGUGGACAUACUUCCCCAGCCUCUCACUGAAGAAGAUGAGAACGUAGAGGUGGAGGACUUGUCUGACGCUGCGUUUAUGCAGCUCCAUCAGAAGUGUGAGGACCAGGAGCGCAGUCGCUGGAGAUGGACCGCCCUCGCUCCAGCCAAGAGGAGAGGCAGCAGGUCGUAUAAGUCUUUGGACGGCAGGACAACUCCAUCUCUGAGUGGAACGAACCCGUCCACUCCACAGCCGUCGUCUCCGGACACGGGACAUUUCCACCUGCUGCAGGAUUACGGGCCUGUUCCAUCACCCCUCAGCCCUCCCAGCCCUGAUACACCCUGCUCUCGUGAUGCACACACACCCUCAUCAAGGGACUCGUACACACCUCACAUGAGAGACGUGCACCGGCCGGUGUACAGCGAGGACACGCGUUGUUCAACACCAGACUGCACCUACGAGGAGAGAACGGUGCAGCCAUGGGAGCGCAGGAGCUUCCCCCUCUCUGAGGACCCAGUGCUGGAGCCCAAAGUGGACCCGCGACCCCAUCAGGGAUUCAGCUGCGGGAUUGAAUCGGAGAGCGAAACUUCUUCAGCCUAACAACAGUCUCCAGCAAAAAGCCCCGCCCACACUGCGCGGCCCAUAAAACCACACCCCUUCUGGCAUUAACCGAAACAAAUAAAGAACUCAUAUUAAAACAAACCAAUAAAUAUAUUAAAGAACUUCUGUUGUUUGAUAUUCAAACAUCAGCCAAAUAUUUUCACAGUUUUUAGUGAAUAUUAAGGAACGUAGAAAUUUAAACCUGUCUCAUGAAGCUCUUUUCUCACAGAAAAACUUAAAUGUAUAAAAAAAAAUUAAAAAAAAAAAAAAAAAACAACCAUUAAUAUUCUGAUAGUCAGCUAAACUAUGUUCUUGGUGUGGUAUUCUAACCUGUCAGGUGAACACUUUGUAGCGCACUAUGUAGCAGAUGUCUUGAAGGGGGCUUGACCAAAGGGUGUUUCCCUGCUGACUAGUUUGUGUAUGCUUGUAAUGUGGAGUGAUGACCAAAACCAGAUAAAAUAGGUUUUUCUCAUUAAUCUUGACUAAUAGACACAUCAAAUGUAUCUUCCUCACUAGAGUACACAUCCUCAACUAGAAGCACUCCAUAGGUUGUCACUAUGUAUCGCACACAAUUUCCAUCCCUGUUGCACUCACUGCUCCUGUUUCACUCUGAUGCGCUCUUGUACGCUGAUCUGUCCCCAGUCUGAGCUGAUUUAUUUCUGGCAAGUCACCAAUUAUAUGUUAAAACCAUACAUACUUCCUCUAUAAAUGGAAGUCUUUGAUACAUCAUGUAGAGUAUUUACAGCUGGGUUUUGUAAUGAUACUUCAGUCCAGGAUGUGAAAAGAUUAUUUAAGCAUAAUUUCAAUAUCAACUUUGUGUCUUCACCUUUUUAUAUUUGCUCAAAAUCACUUGUGCAGAACAUUUCAUUUCUGGCAUCCAUUUACUCUCAGGUUAUACACUUUUACAGUAGGUGAGGUGGUUUCUCUUGAAACUUGUGUCUUUUGCUUCACUGUUCCUGUACACAACAAAUCUGGCUAACACUUUUCUGUCACACAAAAGCCAUCACACUUCCCCAGAGUAACUACUGGCUAUGCAAAUCAACAUUAUGGUUGUAUCAUCUCAUCUCCAUGUUCUUACUUUCUUUGUUAUUCAAUCACAAUGCUUUUUUCCCCCUCCCCCAUGGUCUCGUUUCUGUAGUUACGCAAGACAGGUUUCAUUGUAAGUUGAAAUUGUUUGAAAAGUUGAAAUCAUUUGCAAAAAAAGGCUUGUAAAUAGUACCAUUAAAAAAAAAUCAAACCCC